CCCCUUGCCGCUCCGCCCAGUCGAAGCGGGUCGGACGUCCGGAGCCCGCGGGUCCCCGGCCGAGGUCCGAGGAGGCAUCCCCAUCGGUGACCAAGCGAACGGUGGACAGUGGGUGCCGUCAUGCCUCGGGUCGCUGCCACCUUGUGUCUGUCCUCCUGCCCCUGAGUCUGGCCCCUGCGUGCUAGCCCAGGGCCCUCGAGCAAGGCGGCACCAUGAGCCACGGGGCGAGCCCCCGCCUGGUCGAGUCCCCGCAGCUGUCCAAGGGCAGCCUCCUGACCAUCUUGGGCAGCCCGUCGCCCGAGCGCAUGGGGCCCGCCGACUCCCUGCCGCCCACGCCGUCCAGCGGCACGCCCUCCCCGGGGCCGCCGCCCGCGCUGCCGCUGCCGCCGCCCGCGCUCCUGGCGGACGGGGACUGGGAGAGCCGCGAGGAGCUGCGGCUUCGGGAGCUGGAGGAGGCACGGGCGCGGGCCGCGCAGAUGGAGAAGACCAUGCGCUGGUGGUCGGACUGCACUGCCAACUGGCGGGAGAAGUGGAGCAAGGUGCGCGCCGAGCGCAACCGCGCGCGCGAGGAGGUGCGCCAGCUGCGCCAGCGCCUGGACGCGCUCACCAAAGAGCUGGCCGGCGCGCGGCGCGAGCGCCAGGAGGCGCAGGGCGAGUGCGAGGCCCGGGGCCGAGAACUGGCGCGGCUACGCGGCGCCCGGGAGGCGGCUGACAGGACCGAGGGUCCCGAGACGGAGCCAGAGAGGGAGCACGAGCCGGUGCGCGACGUCGGGUCAGAGCGGCCACAGGGCAGCCAGGAGCUAGAACUGGUGGAGAACCUGCUGAAGAGCAGACCAGAGGAGCCCGAGGGCUGCUGGGAGGCACGCAGCGUGGGCGCCGGGGCGCCCCGGGGCAGCUCAGGCCGCCAGGAACGCAGCCGGCUACCCUGGGAGGACACAGUGGCCACCGAAGAAGAUGCCUCCAAGUUGACCGCCCUGCGGCUACGGCUGGAUGAGUCCCAGAAGGUGCUGCUCAAGGAGCGAGAAGACAAGCUGGCACUGAGCAGGAACAUUGAGAAACUGGAAGGAGAGCUCAGCCAGUGGAAGAUCAAGUACGAAGAACUGAGCAAGACUAAGCAGGAGAUGCUCAAGCAGCUGAGCAUCCUGAAGGAGGCCCAUCAGGACGAGCUGGGCCGCAUGUCCGAGGACCUGGAGGAUGAGCUGGGCGCGAGAUCCAGCAUGGACAGGAAGAUGGCUGAGCUGAGGGGUGAGAUGGAGCGGCUGCAGGCGGAGAACGCAGCCGAGUGGGGUCGCCGCGAGCGGCUGGAAACUGAGAAGCUGGGCCUGGAGCGGGAGAACAAGAAGCUGCGGGCGCAGGUGGGGGACCUGGAGGAGGCCCUGGCCCGUCGAAGGCGGCAGACGGCCAGCGCCCUGGACUGCGACCUGCGGGCCAGCCAGGCCGCGCUCUUUGAGAAGAACAAGGAGCUGGCAGAUCUGAAGCACGUGCAUGGCAAGUUGAAGAAACAGUUCCAGGAGAAGGUAGCGGAGCUGGCACAUGCCAACCGGCGGGUGGAGCAGCACGAGGCAGAGGUGAAGAAGCUGCGGCUGCGGGUGGAGGAGCUCAAGAAAGAGCUGGCCCAAGCUGAGGAUGAGCUGGACGAGGCCCACAACCAGGCACGUAAGCUGCAGAGGUCGCUGGAUGAGCAGACUGAGCAGAGUGAGAACCUGCAAGUGCAGCUGGAGCAUCUGCAGUCCAGGCUCCGCAGACAGCAGCAGAACGCCCCCCUCUUCGGGAAGAUCCGCAGCGCUCGCUUUGGCGCGGAGGAGGCUGGGGAUGGAGCCAGCGACCUGGAUGAGGACGAGGAUCUGCAGAUCCAGGUGGCCUAGAGCCUCCCGGGGUUGAGCAGGCCAGCCAGCGGCCACAGGCCCCCAGGGUCCCGGCUGAGCGGCUGCCUAAAUCAACUGGGGGUCCGUGCUGCUCUGGGAAUGGCUCUACUCCCUGCCACGGACCACUACCUUCGUCCCGGGGCGGCAUCAGUGGCCCCACCCGACACCCCAAGGAAGGGUGACCACGGUCUGAUUUGUAUAUGCACACGCACACCCAGGUCCCCGGACCCAUCUGGUUUUAUCAACCACUGCACGGCCUCAUCUAGAAACACACACCACCCAGCACCUUGACGCGGGGGAAGAACUGUUUGGGGCUCCAGUCUGGCUGCCCUCUCUGGGCUCAGGAAUUGUGCAGGAGUUGUUCAUAGGAUGAUGUGAUAAGCUCAGUCUUUUGUAAUAA